AUGAAUAAGAUUCCAACAGUCAUUAAGAAGUACAAAUCAGUUGAUUCAGUCCUUGAUGAAAAUGAAGCUGACUAUUACCCAACAGAGAUCCUUAAUUCUCUUGAACCACCAGGAAUUCCUCCACAUAAACUUGUUCUGAAGGUAGGAGUCUCAAUAAUGCUUCUAAGAAAUUUAGAUCCUACUAAAUUAUGCGAUGGGAUAAGGUUGAUUGUAAAGACAUUAUCACCCAAUGUGACAAAAGCUAUCAUCAUCACUGGAUGUGCCUCUGGGGAAGCGGUUUUCGUUCCAAGAAUUCCAAUCAGACCAACAGACAUGCCCUUUGAGUUCAAACGAACACAAUUCCCAGUGCGACUUUCCUUUGCAAUGUCUACUAAUAAAGCUCAAGUUCAGUCUUUGAAAUCUACUGGCUUGCGUUUUUCAUGGUCACCUUUAUGUUGGUUGCUCCAGGCUGGGCUUGAAAAAGGUGGAGGCUUAAGUGUUAAUGCAAUUUCCACUGUUAUUAACAGUGCUAGUGAAGAGAAUCAACUUCAGGUGGAUAUUGAGCUGCAUCUCAAUCUUGGCUUGCUCGAAGUUAACCUCUAG